AGCGGGACAGGUGUGCGGUUGCUAAGGCCGCCUGGUUACCGGGGCCUUUGACAGAGGGGACGGGUCCAGGCAGCUCCUCCCCCGUUGACGUGUCCUUCACCCGGUGCUGAGUGCCAGGGAGCCGGGUCCCAGGUGGAAUGCGUUGGAAACAUUUAUGGGAAGUACCUGUGCAGUUAUGGGGUGAACUCCUCUUUCUCCUGUUUGUUUAACUUUGCUCUUUGCUGGAGUUCUUCAACAUGGCAAGGCUCAGCAUUGCUUGCCUCCUUCCAGCUUCCUGGCACUUUAGUCUCUCUCCAGCCGGAUGUCCACGUGUUCUGAACACCACCCUCAGGCAACUUGUAAUGAUCAGUGCAGUGGUUGUCAUCUUGUUUUUACUGAUAUACUCUCUGCUUCUGGUCCGGACAAAGUUCAGCCGCACAAACAAAGACAAAAAACACACCAGAUACCUAGCUCAUGUUACAGAUAUGGAAGCCACUGACACAAGCAACCCUAACCUAAACUACGGUGUGGUUGUAGAUUGCGGUAGCAGUGGGUCACGGAUCUUUGUAUACUGCUGGCCACGCCACAAUGGUAAUCCACAUGAUCUGCUGGACAUCAAGCAAAUGAGAGACCAGAACAGAAAAACUGUGGUCAUGAAGAUAAAGCCAGGUAUUUCUGAACUUGCCAACACUCCAGAGAAAGCAAGUGACUACAUCUCACCUUUACUAAACUUUGCUGCUGGUCACAUUCCCCGAGAAAAGCACAAAGAAACCCCCUUGUAUAUACUUUGCACUGCGGGUCUUCGAAUCUUGACUGAGAGCCAGCAGGAGGCCAUCCUUGAAGAUCUACGUACAGAUAUCCCAGUUCAUUAUGACUUUCUCUUCUCUGACUCCCACGCAGAGGUCAUCUCGGGGAAACAGGAAGGUGUGUACGCCUGGAUUGGGAUCAAUUUUGUCCUGGGGCGCUUUGAUCAUAUUGACGAUGAGGAUGAUGCUGUGGUGGAGGUGAAUGUCCCCGGUAGUGAUGACAAAGAGGCCAUCUUGCGUAAGCGCACCGCUGGCAUCCUGGACAUGGGUGGAGUAUCAACCCAAAUUGCAUAUGAAGUUCCUAAAAGUGUAAGCUUUGCCUCCUCCCAGCAGGAAGAGAUGGCUAAGAACUUGCUGGCAGAGUUCAAUCUUGGCUGUGAUGCCCACGAAACACAACAUGUGUAUAGAGUGUAUGUUGCCACCUUCCUGGGUUUUGGAGGUAAUGCUGCUCGUCAGAGGUAUGAAACCUUUCUCUUCUCCAGCACCAUGGAAAAGAACAGGCUACUGGGUAAGCAGCUUGGUAUGUCCCCAGAUGCUCCAUACCUUGACCCCUGUCUUCCUCUGGACAUCUCUGAUAAAAUCCAGCAGGGAGCACACACUUUAUAUGUGCGUGGCACAGGUGACUUCCAGCUGUGCCGUCGGGUCAUACAGCCCCUUAUGAACUUGUCCAAUGAGACUCAGACUACCUUGAAUGGAAUCUACCAGCCACCACUUCCCUACCACAAUAGCCAGUUUUAUGGUUUCUCUGAGUUUUACUACUGUACAGAAGAUGUUCUGCGUAUGGGUGGAGACUUCAAAGCUGAACGCUUUCUACAGGCUGCACAGGAUUACUGCGCUACCAAGUGGUUAGUGCUGAAGGAGAGAUUUGACCGUGGAUUAUAUGCAUCCCAUGCUGACCUGCACAGACUCAAAUACCAGUGCUUCAAGUCUGCAUGGAUGUAUGAAGUUUUCCACACAGGCUUUUCCUUUCCUGCCAAUUACAGUAAUCUGAAGACUGUACUGCAAGUGUAUGAUAAGGAAGUUCAAUGGACGCUGGGAGCCAUUUUGUAUCGGACUAGAUUCCUGCCUCUAAGGGACAUUCAACAAGAUCACUUCCGUGGCAACCAUCCACACUGGCGCGGUGCUUCCUUUGUUUACAACCACUACCUGUUCUUAGUUUGUUUUAUGGUGGUCCUACUUGCCAUUGUGCUUUACCUACUGAGGCUUAGACGCAUCCAUAGUCGCAUGCAGCGCAACACCUCCUCCUCUGCUCUGUGGGUGGAGCAAGGAAUGCAGCCCUCUGGGCUUCCAGGACCUCUGUGAGGUGCUGCCAGCAAGACACCGCACGGCUUUCCUUGUCUGCAGGUCGGAAAGGUUUUAUUCACUCCCCACCCCAAUGUCUUGCAGCUUCUUUUUAGAGUGAAGGAAGGACUAGGAUAAAUUCUCUGGCAGUGUGGGGGUAAAAAUUGGCUCUUGCAGCAGCCAUACUUGACAAGUGGGGAGACAAAGCCAUGUUUAUUACCUCAGGGUUCCCCGUUCUCUCCCUCAGUUUCUCCCAACAGCUCACAUGGAGGAGAAAGGACUUUUCACCUUAUCAUUUGUCAACCAUAUGAAGGAGACAACAGACUUGUAUGCACAGGAAAUUUCUUGCAUUAAUUAAUGUUGUAAUUAUACAAGUCUAAGUGUAUUGUGACUGUGUGUAGUUACAAUGCCCUACUGAUGCCACAAGAUAUCUUCUCCGAAUGUAGCCAGAGAGAGUAUUUAAAAUUAUAGAGAAUACUGCCUUAAAGAUGAUUUUACUAUACAGCGAAGUGUGUCUUCUAAUUUCUCUCCCUUCUUUGACUCCCCUUUCUCUCUCUAUGGAAGUCAUCUAGCUUUAUUUUCCUUGCUUUCUAUACUAAUUUAUGUGUAGUACUGUCGAUCUCUGGCACAGUGUUACUCACUUGUCUUACCUUAUCCAUGCUCUGCCUGAUGAAGUUUGACGCUUUGGAAUGUUCAGGAGAUCAACUAUGAAGCAUCUUCAGAAACUGGCUUUAAUUGGAGGCACUGACCAGUCCUGUAUAAUCAAUGGAAAAUUCUGUAGUCUCUGAAUGCUUGCGUUCUGAUAGAGAGAUCAUUAAAUAUCUAAAAUCGAGGUCAAUAUGUUUCAAUUGACUGAACAUUCAUUCAUUAAUGGCAUGCUUGUUUCUUUUGCCCCUUUGGCCAUUGUUAUUUUGGAUGUUGGACUUAAAUCAUUCUUUCUCUUUAACUCUUUUUACAGCCCUUGCCCCUUUGGCACCUAGAUGGUGGGAUUCCAUGGUCCAAGCAUGUGUUGUACUGCAGUUGUCGGAGUAGUUAAACCUUUGAGGAUUUUAUUAGUGUUUCCAAUAAUGCAGACUUCUUAAAAUAUCACCCUUUCCAUAUUUAUAUUUAUAACAUGUAAGGCUCUAUCACUUUGCAUUUAAGAGUUAAUGCAGCACCACUUUUCCGAAACACUUGUUCAUCUGGCGUUAACUGCACCUCUGUGCAUGUCUAGGUACCAGCACAUGCACUUGGCUGCUCCCUUUGGCACGUGUUUUGUUAACAAUUUGAUGCAGUACUUUCCGAUCGCUUUGCUUAUUUUGCUUUAAAGUCACUGUGUUUCAU